AUGCCGCGAAACCCUGCGGCGAAGAAGCACCAGCACAAUAACCGCCAUGAGAACGGUCUUGUAGGCCCCGGCAAACGUGUCACCAAACAGAAAUCGAAUGGUCAUCUCAAUGGCACCGCGAAGGGCCCUGCCCCAACCGAACCUGCUCCCCAGUCCAGCCCGACCGACAACUCUGCGAGCGCAAUAGCCAACGAUCGAUCUCCCGCAGCUACCUCUGAAUCGCAGCAGGACACGUCCAAAGGCUCCCUCAAUUCUCAACCGGCGGCCGGCGAGUCCGACUUGAGCGCUGCCAAAGAGAAGGAUACCAAGUGGGAGACGAAUGGAUCGGCCAUGUUACAUCAAAGACGAGGCGAUAUGCUGUCUUCCCGAUCCAAGUCCGCUCAGGACAUCAGCGCCUUUCAUCUGGCCUCGACAAUUCUGCGCUCCCGCCCGGCCUGCGAUACUGUCUCUCUGCUGAUCGUCCUCCUCGCGCUGCCGUCGAUGGUGUUGACCAUUGUCCAGGCUUUAUUCGCGUCUUUGACUCUGAUGCCAGGAGGUGGUGCCCCGGCUUCGCUAAUAUCCUUGCUCGACAUCUUUCAAGGCUCGGCCGGUGUUCCCAACUUCAGCACUACUGCUAUCGUUGACACAAUCUGCUUCGGACUGUGGGUCGGACUUUGGACGUGGGCUCAAAAUUUCGCGCUCGACCUGGCUCAGAUACAAAUCGCGAUUACGCUUGGAAAUGGCAGUUCUGGCAAGAACAGCAGAGUCAAUACAUUCUGUGUGGCAGGGGUGCUACUGCUGCACCUGGCGCGGAGUCGAGAUGUUCGUCGAUUUCUCUAUUCGAAUCUAGUGCCUAUCGACCUCCUCUCCCAGACCGGACUGAUGGACUAUCUAAAAUUUCUACCUUCGGACCACGAUUUCGGCGACAGUCCCGGCCCACCGUCAUAUUUUAGGAGUCUAUUCGCCAUACACAUAAUCGCGCAAGGUGUCAUGGCGAGCUUCCGACGUUAUAUAUCCUCAUACACCACAGGAACAGCCAAAUCGAAACGCAUAGAUACUGAAGCCUCAGCGGGAUCAGUGUCGGAUGCUUCGGUGCUGGAUGGCUCCGCCCCUACGGCUGUCUCGUCGUCUGUCGAUUACCAGCCGCCCCCAACGCCUGGAUUCAAAGACGGCAAAGAUAGCAAAGGCAUGAGCGCGAAGAAGCGCAGGCGUCAAGCAAACCACGUCAGAAGCAAACAACCGUUUUGGGCUGCUCUAGCCAGCACCAAAGUCCACGUCUUACGAGAAGUCGAGCACAAUAAGGCUCUCCCAAGCGUUGGGAAUAAGGAAGGGAGCCCUUUCGAAGCAUCUCACCAGGACCUCGUUUGGAUCAUCAAUGUGGAACCUUCAUCGAUCUCAUUUGAAGCAACCUACAUCUACGAAUCGGAGCAAACACAAAAACCUCCCCAGGGAGCAGAUUGCAGGCCGUUCUACGUCCGCAUCAAUGGCGCCAAGUGGCACGCGGUAUCCCUCGAGCCGCUCGAAAAUUCUUCCCACAAUGACGGCGCUGGUGCUCAGUGGGCGGGUACGAUUUCUGGGCUUGCGCCCAAUUGCACCUACACCUGUACAUUCAUUAGCUGCGAGGGAGAUGAAGGCUUUGCAUCCAUCAUGGUCAAGACGCCGAUGCUGUUGGAUAAAGAUGUGCCCGCCUCAAUGGCCCCGGCGUCAGUCCGCCAAUCUUCAACGCCAUCUUCACCUACCACCACCCUGAAAAACUCCAUCUCGACCGCGGAAGCCAAGUUGAAUGAAGCUCGCAAUCGACUCACCAAAGUUCGACGUCAGCACAGAACCGCACUGGUCAAGGUGGAAAAGGAGGUUGAUACCUUUAACACUCGACUGAAAACCGCCAGUGACGACACAAAGCAAAAGCAGAAAUUGUUGCAGGCUGAACGAAAUAUCCGACAGACCGAGGAUGCAACCCAAGAGCUCGACGCCGCGCUCGAAAACCUGGUUUCUACGCCUGAUGAUGAGAGUGAAGACCACGCCGCCGCCAAAGAAACCCACGAUGAACAGCAGAAACUCCUCUCUGAAGCCAACGAUGCUCUGGCAAAGGCACGUUCAGCUGCGCAUGAUGACAAGGCUUGCGUCAACCAAGAAUUGAACACAAUUGUUACGCGAAAAGAACGUCUUACUGCCCGCAACUCUAAGCUGACCGAGCAGCACGAUAGGAUCACUCAAGCCAAUGCCCAAGGACUGAAUGAGAAGGAGAGAAGAGCUGCAGAGUCAAAUGCCAAGGGAGCCGAGCAACAGAAACGUGAGGCCGAGCUCAGUCAAGAGAUCUAUAAUCUGGACAGGGACCUGAGGAGUGCGAGGCUGCGGUGGGAGACCAAUCUGCGCGACCUUGAUAUCUUGGAGAAACAAGAGAUGGCUCAAAGACAAAUGAUGCUCAGCAACAGUGGUCCUCUCACACCAGAAGGCGAAUUACCUGGCACUCGUCCUCCCCCGCAGCACGCCCGUCCGUUUGCGUUUGGGAGCUUCCAAGCAUUUCCCAACAGCCCCGUCAUCCCCGAAGUCCAAGGAUCCCCUUUCGCUGCAUAUGCCAAGACGCUGCCUUCAGGUGACCAACGACGACCGAGAUCGGAUACCAAUCGUUCUGCUGGUGGAAUUAGCAAUUUCUCUGCCGACUUUGAAGAUGCCGACCCGAUCCCGCCGAUGCCUACCACCACCGAGUACGAGAUGAAUGGUCGUAAAGGAAGUGGCAGCAGUAGGGGCAAGAACAAUGGCAGUCCAGCAGCAGCGGGGGUCAUUGGUGGCGCAUUGCGUAGUCCGCAAAGAGGGAGCUACAGUCCAGGGCAUAUUCCGGGUUCAACUACGUGGUAG